AUGGCAACUCGCCGUUCUCAUACCAAGUCCCGCACAGGCUGUAGAGACUGCAAACGGAGGAAAGUCAAAUGCGAUGAAGCAUAUCCGUCCUGUUUCAACUGCUCCAGACACGGCAUCCUGUGCAGUCUCUCAGCAUCACAACCUUCGCCAGCCAACUUCACACCCCAACGAUCAAACAUAACACCAUCCGUCAACGGCCUGAGCCCAGAAGCACCAUAUCACUUCCUCGACGCCGCCGUAGACCAUGGCAGACUCCGAUCGCCGGCUCCCUCAAUCAACCACUGGGGCCACGGCCUGGAGCUGAUGCACCACUACACUCUCGUCACCGCAAACACCCUCUCCAUCCGUCCCGACAUGCAGAACGUCUGGCGCGUCACCAUACCCGAGAUCGGUUACGACUGCCCGUUUGUUAUGCAUGGCAUCCUCACCAUCGCCGCCCUCCACAAGGCUUACCUGAUACCCUCCGCGCGGGAUAAGUACCUCGACCUCGCGACCUCGCACCAGAAUGCGGGUAUCGAGGGCUUCCGUGCGCAGCUUCCCACCGUCGACGACACCGAUUGGAAGCCCCUUUUCUGCUUUGCCUCUCUCGUCGUCUCCUACGUAGCCUCACUACCCGUGCGCACGCAACACCACCUCGAAUCCGAGCCUGACAUCCUGGGCGUCUUCAUUCUUGUGCGAGGUGUACGCACCAUUCUUGAACCGUACCAGAGGAGACUCGUUAACACGGAAUUUGCGCCUAUGGCAACCGGUAUCUGGACCGCUGACCCGGAUGAUCCGUCAUUCACACACCCGCCGCUACACCGGUCCCCGCUCCCGCCCGACGUUUUUGAAGCCCUUCAAGGCCUCUACGACUUUUUCCAAGAGAACCUCGACGACACUGCGGGCGAUGAGUACGGGACCGCCGUCAAGGAGCUCGAAAAGGCUGUAUACUUCAUGGCGCACGCCGGCGCCAACCCCGAAACCGGCAUGAUCUUCUUUUGGCCGUACGUCAUCUCGGAGAACAUCAUGGCCGAUAUACGCGCCAAGAACCCGUAUAGUAUGGUCCUGUUAGCCUACUUUGGCGUAUUCCUGUGCGUUCUGGAGCCCAGGUUUUGGUUCCUCAGGGGGUGGUCCAGGUGUCUCUUUGCCAUGGUCGAUGUGCAGCUGGCGGGGCACCCUGUGUUAUUGGAGGCUGUCAAGUGGCCUCGAAAGCAGGUGUUUGAGUUUUACGCACAAGUCUGA